ACUUUGGUGAAAAAAAGUACUGAGAAUGCAGUAGUUGCAGGUGACUACGUGGGUCAAAGUCAUCCUUUGAACUUUGCAAUUAAAUGUCUAUAUCAGAUGGAAAUGAUGGUACUGAUUACUUUAAUGAGAGAAACUUUUAGAAAUUAUCCCUUCCCAACCGAUUCCGCCGGGGUUGAUAUUGAUUUUCAUCAUUCAGAGAUGUUUGUUGUCACAGAAGCUGGGUAGCAGAUUGGGUUAUUUUAGUUAUUCAACGUCUGAUUCCUUCCUCUGGUUCAUCGAUUCCUAACUGCAUCAUGAGUUUCAAAUUGUCCUUCCUUCUGUUGAUGAAUGUAUAUAUUGUUAUUUUGUUCUUCGCAGUAAGAAAAUCCCUUGCAAUCUGCAACGUCACCAGAAAUUGUGGUAAGCUCAACAUAGAGUUCCCAUUCUUCAUCCAGGAGCAGCAGGAAGCUAGAUGUGGUUAUCCUGGAUUCAACAUCUCCUGCAGAAACAACACAAACCCAAUUUUUAGCAUGCCUGAUGGCGAUUAUAUCAUCCAUGAUAUCUUUUAUCACAACCAAUCUUUUCGCGUGUCAAAAGUUACUCCUGACGUCGAUGAAAUUUGCAGCCAAUCAAUCCGAAACAUAUCCAUUCCUGGUGACUGGCUUUAUCUCCCCCAAGGCCAAGGAGAAAUGGUUUUGCUCUCCAAUUGUAACUCAACCUUGCAAACGAAUUUGACCUGGGAUCUUGGACAGUUUAAGGUUAUUUGUCCUGCUGAAUAUAGAACUAAAAUAACGUUGGAAAUGUUCAGUGACAACCCUAUGCUGGAUUAUGCUUCAAAAUAUUGUAAUAAAUCGGUGGUGGUGCCUGUGGCUUUUUAUGAUGGAACAGAUCCGGGUAUUAACGAUGCGCGAGGCAGGGGGUUUGUUUUGAAUUGGAUAGCGAGCGACUGUAGCAUUUGCGAGGCCAAUGGUGGCAAGUGUGGAAUUGAUAAUAGUACCCGCCGUUUCAAGUGCUUUUGCCCGGAUAGGCCGCACUGUACUCCAAGACCUGGAAAUGAUUCUACUGGUUUUGUUAUAAAAGUUGCAACAGCUUCUUCAGUUGCUGGAGCAGUAGUGGUAAUUAUUCUUGUCUGCUUGAUCAAAAUAUUGUCAUCCAAGGAUGGAAGGGAAGGAGAUAAGAAAAUUGAAGCCUUCCUAAAGGGCCAUGAAUUCCAUACACCAAAAAGGUAUAGAUAUUCAGAUAUCAAGACCAUGACAAACUCAUUCCGGGAUAAAUUAGGUAAAGGAGGCUAUGGGGAUGUUUACAGAGGCAAGCUGCCCGAUGGACGACAAGUUGCAGUAAAGAUUUUGAAUAAAUCGAAAGGCAAUGGGGAAGAAUUUAUGAAUGAGGUAGCAAGCAUUAGCAGAACUUCCCAUGUCAACGUGGUCACCCUUUUGGGCUUCUGUUUUGAGGGUCGCCGGAGGGCUCUCAUCUAUGAGUUCAUGAAAAAUGGAUCACUCGACAAGUUCAUAUUUCAAGAGAAGGAACAACGUCAAUUAAAGUGGGAAACUUUGUACCAAAUUGCAGUUGGCAUAGCUAGAGGGUUAGAAUAUUUGCAUCGUGGCUGUAACACGCGCAUUCUGCAUUUUGACAUCAAGCCUCACAACAUUCUCCUAGAUGACGAGUUCCGUCCAAAGAUAUCUGAUUUUGGUCUUGCAAGAUUGUGUCCCGAAAAAGAAAGUGCCAUAUCCAUGACAGGUGCAAGAGGAACUGCCGGAUACAUUGCUCCUGAAGUUUAUUCAAGGAACUUUGGAAGAGUAUCUCACAAAUCCGAUGCCUAUAGUUAUGGAAUGAUGAUUUUAGAGAUGGUUGGGGGUAGACAAAAUAUUAAUGUGGAAGUUGAUCAUACAAGUGAAAUAUAUUUUCCACAUUGGAUUUAUAGUCGUAUAGAGUUGGAUGAAGAUUUAGAAUUACAGGGUAUUAUAGAUGAAGCUGAUCGAGAAAGAGUAAGAAAGAUGAUAAUUGUGAGCUUGUGGUGCAUACAAACUGACCCAUCAAAUCGCCCACCAAUGAGUAGAGUGGUAGAAAUGAUGGAAGGGAACAUUGAUUCCCUCAGCAUCCCACCCAAGCCUUUCUCAUCGUCACCUCCGAGAUCUCCAUCUGCAAAUCCUGAAGUACAACCGGUAUCCUAACAUUGUUUUUCCAUUCAAUUAUUGGAAAGGGAAUAUCCAAGUGUUAAGACAUGGAGGACUGUGAAUGAUGUCGCAUAUUCUUAUGUUUCAUUUCUGUAGAAUUCUAUAGAAAAAUGCACUAAAUAGAAUAAUUCUAUAGAAAAAUGAAUUACACAAAUUUUAUUGAUAGUAGAAUCUAGAAACACUAUCUCGAACAUUCAUACCAGAAAAAAUAGACAUCACCUGAUGAAAUAAUAUACUAGUACUCUGAAAUCACCAGCCACCCAAAAUGAUAAAGGAAACAGAUCAGCA